AUGAAAGGUAUCACCGUGGCACGCUCGAUAACCCAUUUGGCCAUUCCUCCCAGGUGGAGUUGCCAUGUGGAAAAGAAAAACCUCUGUUUGAUUCCAUGUCGCAGAAGGGAGAGUACGACAAACGGCUUGACCAGUUGGAUAAGGCCCUACAGCAGCACAGCGGAAGGAAAGAAAGCGGAAGAUGAGUAUUACCUGUCCAUGGGAGACAACAUCGAAAAGAGAUACAGCUUAGCCUUAUACAAUGUGGGAAAGAAGAACAAAAAAAUAAACGAAAUAUCAAGUGACAUAUUAUUUAUAAAAAACAAUUUCCUGAAGGAUAAAACUUUUCUUAAUUUCUUGCAAACACCAAAUAUUGAAAAUAAGGAAAAAUUAAAUUUUUUAAAAACAGAAUGUAAAAAGUAUAACAAUAAUUUUAGCCCCAUAACAUCCAAUUUUCUGGAAUCCCUAUUCGAUUCCAAAAGGAUCAAUUUUUUGCAAAAGAUAAUUGAAGAAUUCGAAUUGCUACUAAUGAAAGAGAGGAAAGAAAUUAAGUGUUUUGUGUACACGGCCAAAGAAAUCAAUAACACUGAGAAACAGAAAAUCCAAGAAUCCAUUCUUUUCAAAUUAAAGAAUGAACUGAAACCUCUUAUAGAGUACAAGAUAGACAAAAGCAUUUUGGGUGGACUCGUCCUGCAAAUAGGCAACCAAGUGUUUGACUUUUCUGCUAAGUACAAAAUUGAGAAAAUUAGGAGCAACUUAUCUUAG